UCCUCUGACGGUCUGAUUCUCUCAAACUCAAACCACAAAAAGUGUUUUGAAGAUCAAGUUAAAGUAAAAACGAAGAAGACAUGGAUUUGAAUAAGAGGGAGGAGGAGGAGGAAGAAGUUGAUAGGAUAAGCAACUUCCCAGACUCACUGGUACAUCACAUCCUCUCAUUUCAUAAAUAAAGCAUGUUGCACAAACUAGCAUUUUAUCUAAAAGAUGGAGCUACAUUUGGAUCACUUUCCCCAUCCUUGAAUUUUAUGAGUCGGAAUGUCGCGAUCCAUGGAUUCGAAGACCAAUAAGUUCAUGGAAUUUGUAGAUGGGACAUUGCAUCGUCGUCAGGAAAAUAUCCAAAGGCUCUUAAUCUGCUGGGAUAAACAUUUGAAUGAAGAACGGCUCAAUUCAUGGAUCACCAGUGCUGUAAGGCAUAACGUUCAACAAGUUCGUUUAAAUUUAACUCAGGAUGAACCGCUCAGUAUCACCCUGUCUCUUUUUACUUGUGAAUCACUAGUUUCCUUGAGUAUAUCCGCUGAUGUCCGCUUUCCUAACUAUAUCUCUCUUCCAAAACUCAAGCGUCUUGAGCUUGAGGGUGUUGAAUUCAGCGAUGAAAACUGGAAUGAGAAUCACUUUUCCGAUUGCCCAGCCCUUGAAAUAAUCAGAAUGGAAAAUUGCAUUUGGGUCCAUAUGCCAUAUUUCUGUAUUUCAACUCCUACACUGAAAAGCUUUAACAUUGCUAAUUGGGAUGACCAAUGGUUACCGCGUGGAGAGGAUGACGGGUUAGGAGAAUCUGGAGUCUUUUUAUUACAAUGGUAGUAUGGCCAAGGAGAAUGUUCUGACAACCUUCCCAUUACUAGUGAAAGCAAAUGUUGAAUUUCGGUUUGAACCAUAUGUCGCAACAAGGGAGGAAAAGAUUUGUCAUUGUGCAGCAAUAAGUCAAUUUCUUCGAGCCCUUGUAAAUGUAAAAUGCCUAAGUGUUUCUGAUGAUACCUUACAGGCUCUCUCCUUCGCAGACGAUCUUUGGGAAAAGUUGCCUACAUUUCAUAAUGCCAAGAAAUUGACCAUGUUGGAGGAAGUAACCAAUGAUAAAGCCCUAGUUGCUUUGCUCAAAGCAACACAUAAUCUGGAGUUACUUGUAUUUGAUAAGGUAUUUUUGGGCAAUAAACAUUUUUGGAAAAAUCGGUUCGGCGCCUCGGAGGACACCUACUAUUCGGACUCUCAGUUUGGAUAAGGGGUACUUCAAUUACUAAGGGGCACUUCACUGCUAUUUGUACCCCAGAUAUAUUAUUUACACCCCAUGGCUAUGUGCACCCCUACUCUGUUUGGGGGCCAUCCUAUCUUCCUUGUUUGAAAAUGAAGUUUUGGCGGGAGAAUGAGUUACAACUGCGUAACUUUCUGGCAACAAUUUGGGUGCGAUUCUGUUGGACUUGUUCACAGAUAUGGAUCGUCAUGGGAUGGUGCAAUAGCACAGGGAUGGUAACAAUUUAUUUACGUAUAGAAAAAGGGAAAUAUUUCGAUUCGAGUGAAACAUGGAGAUAGGUUUCUCGGAUUUAUAUUUGGGAAGAACUGGAGAGAUUUAAUUGGAUUUGUUGCCAUGUACUGAUUGAUAUGACCCUGUUUUAUUUAUAAGGGAAGUUUUACCGAAGCAAGGAAGGUGAAGAUAUUCACGGGAUUGUUUGGAUAUUUUUGGAAGAGAUAUACUCAGAUAUUUUCCGUAGUUUGAUUGCUUCGGGGUACUGCUGUUGCAGCCGGUGGUGAGUCUGAGGAGGAGCAAUAAGAGCUCGAGUCUGUGUGACAAAGUUUGGCAGUUGAUUUUCGCGACAACAAAAUAGGGCAUAGGUUUAUCGGGUUUGUUUGGGUUGAGCAAAAAUAAAGGAAAGUACGUGAGAAUAAGAUAAGAUAUCUUCCUCUCGAGAUUGUAGUCUAUCUAUGGAGAGGAUUGAACAUGUCACACUCUGUUAUUACGCGUUAAAAAGAGAAACGAAAAAGGAAAGAAGCGGCGACUUCCGGUGAAAGGCAGAGAGAGAUUUGGAAGAUGUUUUAGGGAUAUUUUGGAUUGUUGUUGGAUAUAAAUAGCCUGUGCUAGAGUCCCAGAGGUAAUCGGGAGUUGGGGGACCGAACGGAGGUGAUUCGGUAGCUGGAGGUGAAGUUGCAGAGAAGCUUGCUGCUGUUCCAGGGAAGAAGAAGAAGGACAGUGCAAACCGCAGAAAAAGAAAGUCGCAGAAACCGUUACCCAAUCUUUCAAAUCCAAUACCUUUGUAACAGUUUACAAUUAAGUUUGAGUUCGCAACACUUCUGCUAGGGUUUUUCUGUAAUAGUGGGAUUUGUAACAAUUAUCUCUGUUACAAACUCGCUGCACUAUAUUAUUUUUCAGUAAAAACACCUUGUGAGCCA